UCACAUACAAGUUCUUUCUAGGAGAACUGAUAUAAAAUGUGGAUGCUGAGGAUCGGAGCUAAGGCAGGAGAUGACCCUUACUUGUCCACCACCAACAACUACCUAGGAAGGCAGGUAUGGGAGUUUGAUGUCGGUGCAGGCUCUCCAGAGGAACUCUCUGAAGUUGACAUGGCUCGACAGAAUUUCUCCGACAAUAGGUCAUUAUACAAGGCCAACGCCGAUCUCCUUUGGCGUAUGCAGUUUCUAAGGGAAAAGAAGUUCAAACAGAUGAUUCCGCGAGUGAAGAUAGAGAAUGCAGAAAAAAUAACAUAUGAAGACGCAAAGAUGGCUCUGAGAAGAGGAAUAGUUUAUAUGGCAGCGUUGCAGUCUGAUGAUGGACAUUGGGCAGCAGAAAACGCUGGUUGUAUGUUCUUCAACGCCCCCUUUGUCAUAUGCUUGUAUAUCACUGGCCAUCUGGAUAAAAUCUUCUCUCCAGAGCAUCGGAAGGAGAUGUUGCGUUACUUGUACAACCAUCAGAACGACGAUGGUGGUUGGGGAAUAGACGUAGAAAGCCACAGUUUUAUGUUCUGCACGGUCAUCAACUACAUCUGCCUACGAAUUUUAGGAGUUGACCCCGAUCAUGAUGGUACAAAAAGUCCCUGUGCAAGGGCUCGUAAAUGGAUCAUUGACCACGGUGGUGCUACCUAUACGCCAUUGUUCGGAAAAGCUUGGCUUUCGGUUCUUGGAGUGUAUGAAUGGUCGGGUUGCAAGCCCGUACCACCAGAGUUCUGGUUCCUUCCUUCUUAUUUUCCUAUUAAUGGAGCUACACCUACACCUCUCAUUCUACAGCUCCGUGAAGAGCUUUACCCUGAGGCUUAUGCUGAUAUUGUUUGGAGCCAAGCUCGGAAUCGAUGCGCAAAGCUCAUAAGAGAGAAAGCUAUCCGAACGGCAAUGGAACUAAUUCAUUACCAUGAUGAAGCUACCAACUACAUUACUGGUGGAGCCGUGCCAAAGGUGUUUCAUAUGCUUGCUUGUUGGGUUGAAGAUCCAGAGAGUGAUUAUUUUAAAAAACAUCUUGCUCGAGUCCCUGGUUUCAUAUGGAUUGCGGAGGACGGCCUAAAAAUCCAGACUUUUGGUAGCCAAAUAUGGGACACAGCCUUCGUGCUACAAGUCAUGUUAGCCGCUGAUAUGGACGAUGAAAUAAGGUCAACGCUCAUAAAGGGAUACUCAUUCUUGAGGAACUCUCAGUUUACAGAGAACCCUUCAAGUGACUAUAUCAAAAUGUUUAGAGACCUAUCUAAAGGAGGGUGGGGUUUUUCAGACAAAGAUCAAGGAUGGUCUGUUUCAGAUUGUACUUCUGAAAGUUUAGAGUGUUGCCUAAUCUUUGAAAGCAUGCCGUCUGAGUUCAUUGGUGAGAAAAUGGAUGUGGAGAGGCUUUAUGAUGCCGUCAAUAUGCUUCUUUAUUUACAGAGCAAAAAUGGAGGCAUAGCCAUAUGGGAGGCAGCGCGUGGGAAAAAAUGGCUUGAGUGGCUUAGUCCCAUAGAGUUUGUUGAAGACACUAUUCUCGAGCAUGAGUAUCUAGAAUGCACCGGGUCAGCAAUUGUAGUGUUGGCUCGUUUCAUGAAACAGUUUCCAAGGCACAGAACAAAAGAAGUAGAAAGCUUUAUAACAAAGGGUGUAAAAUACAUAGAAAGUUUGCAAACGGCGGAUGGUUCGUGGUAUGGAAAUUGGGGAGUGUGCUUCAUUUAUGCGACCUUCUUUGCUGUCCGAGGUUUAGUGGCUGCGGGAAAGACUUACCAUAGCUCUGAGCCGAUCCGUAGAGCGGUUCAGUUCCUUCUUAAGAUACAAAAUGUUGAAGGCGGUUGGGGAGAGAGUUAUCUCUCUUGCCCCAACAAGAAAUAUAUUCCUUUGGAGGGGAACAAGAGCAAUAUGGUUAAUACAGGACAAGCAUUGAUGGUUCUAAUAUUGAGUGGUCAGAUGGAGCGAGAUCCUUUACUGGUUCAUCGUGCUGCGAAAGUCUUAAUCAAUUCGCAGAUGGAUGACGGUGAUUUCCCACAAGAGGAUAUAAGAGGGGUUUACAAAAUGAAUGUGCUGUUAAAUUAUGCUACCUAUAGAAACAUCUUCCCUCUUUGGGCACUCACACAUUACACCAAGGCUCUGAGCCUGCUCCUCUAAAUUCUGAUGACGACACCACAUAUGAUACUCAUUUUUCCUUUUUUCUUAUUUUUCUUCUCUUUUAAUUUCUUUUCCAUGUAAAAACAAUAAUAGAGCUAAUCUAUAUAAAAAUCUUUUCUUAUCGUUUAAUAAAAUUCAUUAGAAUUU